AUGCCUCCUCUCCCUGCUGGUCUCAUUCUUGAUGCCGAAGAACAAAUGGCAUUUGAACAAAUGGGCGGACGAAAUACAAUAACUUUCAAUCGUCUUGGGGAUAAUCAAACGAAUUCGUCGCUUCAUUUCACGACUUUAGGAGAUUGA